AUGAGUGCUGAGAGCGCAGCAGAAACAAACCGUCUCCCGCACCAUGUGGUGGGCUUUGAGGUCGACGAGGGCCUCUCAGUCCUCUCGUCGGUCCACAUGAUUCACAAUGUGCUGUACAUCGAGGGUAUGUUCCCGGACGAGCUGCUGGCGCGGGCCGAGGCUGCCGGAUCGGCGCUCCUUGCCCGCCCGCAGCUCGCUCCACACUUCAAGGCAUGCAACGAGGCGACGGCGUGUGCAGUGGCCGAGUUGGCGGCGCAAGGCAUCAUUGCUCAGAGCGACAUCCCGGAAAAGGUUGCCGCACGAGUCACGUCUGCUCGCGCUGCAGCUGCCGCCAUGUCUGCGGCGGCGGCCACCGCCAAGGCGGCUGCCGCUCCGUCGCGCCUCGCAAACGACGGACAGCUGGCCCCGGCCGACUCGAAAAGCUCCUCCGACUUUAUCGCUGCGCGUGUCCAGGCUGAGCUGCGCGCGCGGGGGGUGCCGGGCGGCAGCCCGGUCGCUGCACCGACGGCGCCGGUAGUGGCCGACUCGUCGCGGGCCAAACGGCGCGGGCUCACUGUGGACGUGCCGCAGCGGCCGAGUGCCGGAGCAGGUGAUGGCGCGGGCAGCGCAGGGAUCUCGCCAGCCGCCGGUGACGCGCACCUUGACGACAUUGUGGUGGGCGAGACCGGGCUGCCAUGGCUCGCGGUCGACCACGCCAGGCAGAACCAGCCGCGAAGCGAGACAGCCGCCGGGCUUCGGGCCUCGCCGUCAUCGUUCAUGUCCAAGGUCCGAGCACUGGUGGCGCAGUCGCCGUCGUCGACCCGCAAGAGCGCCAAGAAGGCGACCCGGUCCGGGAGGGUCACACCGUUCCGGUCGCUCUCGCAGCAGUCGUCGGCGCGCAACUCGCCCAUCCACUCGCCGUCAGCCAUGAUGGGCAGCGCACGGCGAACUCUAUUCCAGGACGGGCUCAGCACGCUCGCCCUCCACCCGUCGACGUCGACACCGAACCUGCGGUUCCCGGGCUCGGCGUCGUCGGCAACCGACGGCGGCGAGGCCGUGCUCUCGGCCUCGAUCUCCGACGCCGAGAUCGACGCCGAGCUGGCAGACAUGGAGCAGCAGUUCCUUCUGCUGCCGACCCCGAUGCUCUGA